CGAAUGUCGACCGAUCGGCACGAGUUAUCAAUGAAUUCUUUCCUGCAACGCCAGGGACCUCUAACGAGGGCAACGUCAUUCUGGUCUUGGUGUCUCUCGCGGACUGUGGGCCGAAAACCAAUAUCGGAUUCAACAUGUUGCGGAGCGACAUGUUUCUCUUCAACGACAACAAUUCCUGGAGCAAGUAUGGACGACGCGAUCUCAACAACGAGCAGUACAUUGAAGCAUGUAUCAAGACAUUUUGUCAACAGGAGAGGACCAGCACGUCCUUCGGCGGAAUAUCAAACAGGUUCUCAAAAUUCGGAAUCAUUUUCGCCAGGUCUUCAUCGUACACGUACAUCAAGAAUAAAGACAAUAUUUGCAGAUGAGGAUGAUCCUGAUGACGACGACGAGUCACCAAACCCCGAAGACGAGGCGAUGGAUGAUGGACAACCUGCACCGGCGAUGAAUGCCAUCGGCGAGGGCUCAGACAUGUGGGGCGGAAACAAUAUGCAAGAGGUAAGUUUGUACUUGUUCUAUACCUUUCAAGCUGAGACGACGCGUGUGAAAGUGAAGGGCUUUGAUAAAGAACUCCACUUCACCUGACUAUGUUCAAGACAAAAGUGCUACAAGACAAAAGUGCAACAAGUAUGCAGCAUUCGAGAAAACAAUUAUCUUCAGGUUACGCCAAACGAAAGUCCUACGAUAGAAGGCGUCGGUGAGGUGGGCGCAGUAUCUCUCGUUGUCGCAGAUUGGGUAGCUAAGAAGGCAUCAGCGUGGCUUGGGUCGAAAUGUCCACAAACGAAAGGAACUGAAUCUUUAUUUUUGUUGCAUGAGGGACCUCAGACUGAAUCGGAUGAGCCGUUUUUUUGACAUUGUCGCGAAUGGCCAUACAAUACAUAAAUGAGCUGUAUCGCCCGCUCCUGUUACCGUUGUAGCAUCACAUGCUGAUGCUCUCAUUCAAUCGCCCAUUCAUUGUUGCAAAAAAUUAACAAGUAGAGAAACUUCUGAUGAAACACUUUGUAGGAUGUUUUGUCUGCGCAUUUUUUACCGAAACUCCUUUCUUUUCUUUGCGUCAGUCUCAGGCUCUUGGCAUACUUUGUAUAAAGGAAUAGUUUGUCGUGUUCGAACGCUAAUACUGAUGGCGAGCAGCAACAUAGUUUUAG